AUGAUCUUGGUGGUGGCUCUGCUGGGAGUGGCGGUCGCUGAGGACGUCUCCGGCGCUUUCCCCACCAGAUUGAAGGUUGGGAACGUCACUCACAGCGUGGACCUGAGCUGCGAGGCCCUGCCUGGGCAGAAGGUCCACUGGGAGGUGGAAGAUGAGGCCCUGGUGGAAAUGGAGCAGAUGCCCCCCUGGGGCCACCGCCUCCGCAUCCUGAAUGUGGACCUCUCCUCUGCCAAAAACUACACCUGCUGGGGACCAGGAGGCGAGUUGCUCGACAGUGUCGUCCUGGCCGUUCAGGAUCCAGAAUCCCCCCUUUUCCAUCGUGAAGCUGGCAAGGCAGAGGCCAAAGUGACCUGUGAGGCGCAGUCAUACAAUGGCCACUUCAGCUGCUCCUGGAAGACCUCACGUCCAGCUGCCGUCCGUGCCCAUCUGCGCCGCAAAGGACUUGACUCUGCCAUAUGCCCCUCCAAAGAAGUGGCUGCGCCCCCUGGCAAGGGGCACAUCCUGCUGGAGGACUGCUCCUUCUGCCCUUUUGCGGAACAGCAGGAGACGGCGCUGGAGGUGGAGCUGGAAGGUCUGGGGGAGGACGGCAGCUACGAGAACCUGAGGAGAGAGCUCUUCCUGUGGGACAUUGUGAAGCCAGACUUCCCCAGAAACCUGACAGUCCACAGGGAGCUGGAUAAGAAGCUGGAACUGAGCUGGGCUCCCCCAGAGUCCUGGCACCCAUCCUCUACCUAUUUUCCCUUGCACUACCACCUGAAGCUGGAAUAUUAUGACGGUGACCAAAAGGAAGCCAACAGCGACCAGCUGGAGGAAACCAUAGAGGAUGGCAUCGAGGGGAUGCAUUGCGUGCAGAUCCGCUGUCAGGAUCCUUUCUCCAACCUGGCAUGGAGCCCCUGGUCUCCCUGGGCCAGAGUAGGAUGA